GUACGCGAUUAGGAAUACCGAAAUCUUGCGAUUCGUUCAACAAGAGAUUCUUUCUAAACUUGUUUGCUCUGGAGAACUUGUUGAUUUCAAGAAUCUUCCUCUUUCUUGUUCAUUGUCCGCUUCACGAGUUGCUCCGAUAAUCGAGAACCUGAUUCAAUUGCGGCGGUUUAUGUGCUGUGCGACCUCAAGAGGAGGCUUUGGAGAUCCCGACAAUGCAAGAUUCCCAAUUUUUUUGACGAACAAGGAAUUUGGUAACAUAUGA